AUGUCUCUAUUUCCCCCCGCUCCAAAGCCAAAGUCCCUGCUUGGGUAUCACAGAAUCCUCUCGCCGACAGCUGGCGUUCGAGUGAGCCCAUUAUGCUUAGGCGCCAUGAACUUUGGCGAUGCAUGGAAGGACUACUUGGGCGAAUGCAACAAGCAGACGGCAUUCGAAAUGCUUGACUUCUUCUACGAGAAUGGCGGCAAUUUCAUCGAUACUGCCAACAAUUACCAGGCUGAAGAGAGUGAAACCUGGAUUGGUGAAUGGAUGAAAGCGAAAAAUAACCGUGAUGAGAUGGUUAUUGCUACGAAAUUCACCACCGGUUUCCGAACGGGCUCAGAAGCUACGGAGAAAAUCAAGUCGAAUUUCCAAGGCAAUCAUUCGAAGAGCUUGCGAGUUUCGCUGAAUGCUUCGCUGAGAAAGUUGCAGACUGACUAUGUUGAUCUCCUCUAUGUCCACUGGUGGGACUUCACCACCAGCAUCGAAGAGCUCAUGAAUAGUCUCCAUGCCAUGGUUCAGAAUGGAAAAGUUCUCUACCUCGGCAUCUCAGACACACCAGCUUGGCUGGUCGUCAAAUGUAACGACUACGCUCGCUUUCACGGAUUGACUCCGUUCUGCGUCUAUCAAGGCCAUUGGUCGUGUGCGUUUCGUGAUUUUGAGCGGGAUAUACUGCCCAUGGUGGAAGCGGAAGGUAUGGGCUUGGCACCUUGGGGUGCACUGGGUCGUGGCCAGUUGAAGCCCAGUGAUGAGUAUAAUGAUCCGAACCGCGAGGGCCGAAAGAUGGGGCCGCAUAACGAAAAGUAUGCGAGGAUUGCGGACAAGUUGAAGGCGUUGGCGGAUAAGAAGGGUACUAUCAUCACUAGUAUCGCUUUGGCAUAUGUGAUGCACAAGGCGCCGAACGUCUUUCCCAUUGUGGGAGGACGCAAAGUCGACCAUCUUCGCGGCAAUAUCGAAGGCCUUGGGGUGGAGCUGACACAAGAAGAAAUCGACGAGAUUGAAGAUGCGGAACCCUUUGACGUUGGGUUUCCUCAGUCAUUCUUGUUUGCGGCUGGCAAGCCUUACCGCACGAGGUAUACCGCCAGGGAUAUCUCGCUGGUGACCAGCAACACGCCGUUGGAAACGCUCCCGAAACAGCAGCCUAUUCCGCCGAAACAGGGCGAGAAGGAAUUGAAGCUGAGCUGAGUCGACGGGUAGAGCGGAUGAAUCGCUCGUAUACAAGUCGAUGUGUUCGUUGGGAGACUUGCACGUCCACCUGGAUUAUGACUUUCAGACUGUGGCGGCAUCUCCGCAGAGCAGAGGAGAUCUGUUAAGUCUUCGAUAUUCUUUAGACGACAGUCAAUACAACUUGUUUGCAGACUUCUGAGCAGCCCUCGUCUGUAGGGCUAGCAUUGCCAUCGUGGGCAGGCCACCAUGUAUAUCCAAAUCUUCAAGUAGCGCCGUGUCCCCAGUAUGCUUCGUGCACAUUCUAUGCAUUACACGCGAUUUGCUUUGUUUCUGUCUUCCCGUCUACUGUACAAGCACUCUUUACCGGCUGAAUCGAGCAGUCAAGUCCUUCCAUAUCUCACUGUCCAGCUUUCCUUGAGACACAUUUAGCGAAAUCGACUGAACACUCUGUUCUUUUUGCAGCAAUUCGUCCACGAAGUCACUCAAUUCACCCGCCGCCUCUUCACUUGGUAUCUCAACCUUGGUGUCCUCAUUGGGAUCCCAUAUGACCUCAGAUGAUACAAUUUGUAAAUCCAACGCUCGUGCAAUCGUAUCUCCUACAGCACUCAAGUCCGAGGGCUCUGUCGAAACGACUAUCCUACCAUCCGGGUCGCUGUCCACAUCUGUCGCGCCAGCCUCUAGGGCAACCUCGAAGGCUUCGUCAACGCCUACGCCGUCCUUUUUCUGGAAAGUGACGACGCCCUUCUUGGUGAAGAGGUAGCUCGUCGGUGUCGCUGAGCCUCCAUUACUUUUGAUUGCGAGUCGAACCUCCGCUAAUGUUCGGAGCUUGCUCUCCGUCUCGCAUUCCACAAUGACAGCGACGUUAUUGGGCAGGAUGCCCUCGACGGUGACCGUCUCCAAGUUGGCGCCACUCAAGCUCCGGCCUUGGCCUCGAGCUAUGGCUGCUUCGAUAGAAGCCUUUGCGAAGCCUUCACGCUUAGCUUGGGCAAUGAGGUCGAAGAGAUGGGGGUUGGUGUUGGGAUCGGGUCCGUUCAGCUUCGAAGCGAGUGCGAUCUGGGCGGCGAAGAUGGAGCGUUGCUUGUUCUUGCGCAUAUCCACCUUGGCCUUGUCGUGCUGGAUCUUACUCCAGCGGCUGUGACCAGACCGGAGUGCGGCAUUCGUCGUCAAGCCGCGAGAGCAGCAUCGUGGGGAUGGAAGACGGAUGAAUCGAGCGACGUGGCUGCUGAUGAGCGUGGCACCUCUGCUGGGGGCCAUUGUGAUUCCUCU